AUGAGCCACAGAGCAGACAUCUUUAGUGUCAACAACAUUUAUUUGAUCCUCUGGUGUUCUCGUUAUUGGCCAAUUGAUUUCAAGAGCCCUCUUCACCGCACGUAUCUUAUGGAUGUAUCACAUCAGCAACAAACAACAAUGUUACGUGUCCUUUUGGUGCUGUCAAGGUGUAUCCAUCUCUCAUGGCAUUCAUCAUCAAGUAUCGCUUGGAGAAACGCUAUCAGGAUUGGUCACUGUGUCGGCAUCUCUACAGCAAGGAAAUGUGUUCUGAUUACUGGGUAG